CGCCUGGGAGGCCGGGCGAGGCCGCGGCGGAGGCGGAGGCCGGUCGCCCUGGGCGGCGCGGGGCCCCAGAAGUCCGUCCUCCCCGUUAGACGACAAGCGGUCGAGGGGAGGGGACAGCCAGGCAGGCAGGAAGCUACAGCUUAAAAGGGCUGCCCGCGCUGAGUCCCUCCUCCCUCAGUCCCAGGCCUCCGAGCGCACCUCUCCUGCGGCCCGCUGGCCCCUGGCUUCUACUCUCCGCCAUGUACUGCCGCUUGGGCGAAGCGCUGCUGCUGUCGCGCGCCGGACCCGCUGUGCUGGGCUCAGCGGCAGCGGACUCGGCCGCGUUGCUGGGCUGGGCCCGCGGGCAGCCCGCCGCCUCCCCGCAACUCGGGUUUACGCCGCCCGCCCGGCGCCACUACAGUGAGGCGGCGGCCGACCGCGAAGACGACCCCAACUUCUUCAAGAUGGUGGAGGGCUUUUUCGACCGUGGCGCCAGCAUCGUGGAGGAUAAGCUGGUGGAGGACCUGAAGACCCGGGAGAGUGAAGAGCAGAAGCGGAACCGGGUGCGAGGCAUCCUGCGAAUCAUCAAGCCCUGCAACCAUGUGCUGAGCCUCUCCUUCCCCAUUCGGCGCGACGACGGUUCCUGGGAGGUCAUCGAGGGUUACCGAGCCCAGCACAGCCAGCACCGCACGCCCUGCAAGGGACGUAUCCGUUACAGCACUGAUGUGAGUGUAGAUGAAGUAAAAGCAUUGGCUUCUCUGAUGACUUACAAGUGUGCAGUGGUUGAUGUUCCAUUUGGGGGUGCUAAAGCAGGUGUUAAGAUCAAUCCCAAGAACUAUACAGAUAAUGAAUUGGAGAAGAUCACAAGAAGGUUCACUAUGGAGCUCGCCAAAAAAGGUUUUAUUGGUCCUGGCAUUGAUGUGCCUGCCCCGGACAUGAGCACAGGCGAGCGGGAGAUGUCCUGGAUCGCUGAUACCUAUGCCAGCACCAUAGGGCACUAUGAUAUUAAUGCACAUGCCUGUGUUACUGGUAAACCCAUCAGUCAAGGAGGCAUCCAUGGACGCAUCUCUGCUACUGGCCGUGGUGUUUUCCAUGGAAUUGAAAACUUUAUCAGUGAAGCUUCUUACAUGAGCAUUUUAGGAAUGACACCAGGAUUUGGAGAUAAAACAUUUGUGGUUCAGGGGUUUGGUAACGUGGGCCUGCACUCUAUGAGGUAUUUACAUCGUUUUGGUGCUAAAUGUGUUGGUGUUGGUGAAUCUGAUGGGAGUAUAUGGAAUCCAGAUGGUAUUGACCCAAAGGAACUGGAAGAUUUCAAAUUGCAACAUGGAUCAAUUCUGGGCUUCCCCAAGGCAAAGGUAUAUGAAGGAAGUAUCUUGGAGGCUGACUGUGAUAUACAGAUCCCUGCUGCCAGUGAGAAGCAAUUGACCAAAUCCAAUGCACCCAGAGUCAAAGCCAAGAUCAUUGCUGAAGGUGCCAAUGGACCAACCACUCCAGAAGCUGAUAAGAUUUUCCUGGAGAGGAACAUCAUGGUUAUUCCAGAUCUCUACUUAAAUGCUGGCGGAGUGACAGUAUCUUACUUUGAGUGGCUGAAGAAUCUGAAUCAUGUCAGCUAUGGCCGAUUAACCUUCAAAUACGAAAGGGAUUCUAACUACCACUUGCUCAUGUCUGUUCAAGAGAGUUUAGAAAGAAAAUUUGGAAAGCAUGGUGGAACAAUUCCUGUCGUACCCACUGCAGAGUUCCAGGACAGGAUAUCGGGUGCAUCAGAGAAAGACAUUGUGCAUUCUGGGUUAGCCUACACCAUGGAGCGUUCAGCCAGGCAAAUUAUGCGUACAGCCAUGAAGUAUAACCUGGGCUUGGACCUGAGAACAGCUGCCUAUGUCAAUGCCAUUGAGAAAGUCUUCAAAGUGUACAACGAAGCUGGCGUGACCUUCACAUAGAUGGAUCUUGGUUAACUUCCUCACCACCCUCUUUACCUAUAACUUCUGCUGACCUAUCACAAGUUUACAUGUAACUGCAGAAAUCUUUCUCUCAUGAUCUAUUAAACAAUGGACACUG